AGUGUUACUUGGAACCGCGAUUUUCCGCUCUAAAUUAUAAAUGCAGAACUUUAUGUCAAAGUAUCAUGUAGUCCUGCCAUAAUUUUUAUUGACAUCGGAGUUUUAAAAAAUGUCCAUAGAUUCAACGUAGGGGAUUUUUGGGAUCUUGCCAAUUUUGAGAAAAAGGCUAACACAACAUUUUGAAAAAAGCGAAAGUGAAAGCACUACUGCAGUAUUGUUAUGUUCAUGACUGUCAACAUGAAGAUAUUUGACUUUAGAACUGUAUUUGAAGGAAAUGGAAAUAUAUGAAUUUUCCAGCAGCAGUUCUAUGAUAGAUAUUGAUGAAGAAGAAGAAGAAAAAUCAUAUUCUUGCAACAAUGUAAACAAAGUAAAGAACAAAAAGAGAUGUACUUCCUCUGGAAAAAGAGAAUAUUUUUCCUCAUCUGAUUCUAGUGAUGCCCAGAAUGAAGGUAGUUUUGGCUCUAAAAAGAAAAAAAUCAGGAAAAAAAUUAGAGACAUUGAACCAUCAACUGUUGGGAGCAGUAUUAAAAGUAGAUCUGACAAGACAAAACCAGCACCCUCCUUAAAGCCAAGCCAUGACACAGGUGCUUUUGGAUUUGAAAGUGAAGCAAUUUUUUCACAGGUGCUAAAAUGUGAAAAUGAAAGUGUAUUUUCAGGGGAGGAUUCUGAUCAGACAGUCAAAUCAUCAUGUGAUGAUGUUGACAAAAAGGCUGAGGAGAAAGUUAGUGUCCGAGUGCCAUUCUUCAACCUUACCAUCAGUGAUGAAGAAAUGGAAACAGAUGAUGGCUUGCCAAAACUUGUAAGGAAGCACAAAAAACAUGACAAAUCUAAUGCUUCAGUGGUCAAAGACACUGCUAAGUCUGAAAGUGGCUAUAGCAUGUUCAAUGGAAAGGGAAGAAAACUCUGUAAACAUGACAUUGAAGAUAAAGAGUUCUGGUCAGACCAAGAGAUGACCAGUUCAGAUGAUGAUGUUCCUAUUCUGCAACUCAAUCCCCAAAAUCUAAAUGUGUCCUCUGAUGCUAUCAAAUGUGUUGAACCUCUGGAGGAGGUUACAAAAUGCAACUCAAAAGAAAUUCAGGAUAAAACUUCUAUGGAGCAAAAUCAAAUUUUAACAAGCUCAAAAAUUUCAUCUGACUUUUCAUCAUUUUGUUCUAAAAAACUAUCACAGCAGUCGAGUACAUAUUGUAAACAGAAGUUACAGAUGGCUGCCGAAUCUUCUACACAGUUGAACGAUACAUCUGAAAGUGAAGUUACUACAAAUGAUGUGCAUGUUGAGAGUGAUGAUGAAACUCAGCCUUAUGACGAUUUUGAUCUUCCUGAUCUUUCACCUUUACAUGGAGAAGAACAGUCAACAAAUCUAAAAACUGAAAGAGAGCACUCACCUGACAUUUUCAAUGAGGAAGAUUCACCUGAUUGCUUGAAUGAGACCAUCUACACCCAGAUGGAUGACUGCAUCUACAUAGAAGAUUCUGAUGAAGAAAAUUUGUCACAGUCCCUCUUUCAACAGGAAGUGAAACUAGAGCUGGAUGACUCAAGUGAAGAUGAGGUUUACUUGGUGGAUGAGGAGGAUGAGAGCUGGAGGGAUAUUCUCUCACUGGAUGACUCUGAUGAUGACAAUAUUACACACAAUGGGAGAGUACAUGAAAUGACUGAUCCGGACAAAACUACAGACUCGGUGUUCAAAGUGGUCACUCAGGUCGAUGCGGACCCUUAUGCAGGAGCUACUCAAGUCAUCACUGACGAUUCAUACAGCAGUGCUACUCAGAUUGAUUCAAAGAACAUGUACCUGAGUGAAACUCAGGUUGAUAAAAGUGAUCCAUAUUCAAGUGCAACACAGAUGGACCACGAUUUGCAUUCUAGUGAGUCUGAUGAUGAUAUUUACAAUGCUGCCACACAGGUUGAUGUUGGUGAGGUAAAGGUUCGUAAAACUAAAAAAUUAAGUAAAGGUCAAGACCUCGUGGGACGUUUUGCUGGUUCCAAUUCAAAUGAUGAAUCACCCAAAUAUGAAGGGGACCCAUAUGCAACUGCUACUCAAGUAGACCUUCCAAGCCCAAUUGCCAUGAAAAUGAUAAAGAAUAAAAUUUUAAAAGCUACGAAAAAGAUGGAUCCAUAUAUGUGUGCAACCCAGUGUGACAAAGAUUCUUAUGUAUGUGAGACUCAGGUAGAUCAAAUGGACCCAUACACUGGAGCAACUCAAAUCGACAGUCUUUCAAGAAAAUCACCAAUAAAUAGUAUAUCCUCUCCAUCUUACGAAGUUGGCAGUGAGAAAGAUUUGUUUAAUGAGCCUACUCAGAAAGAGGCUUCUGGUGUUGACCCCUAUGACUUAGCAACACAAGUGGAUUCAGCCAAUCAGGGACAAUUGUCAAAUUACAAUGCAGAGACUGAAGCUUUCUUUGACUCUGAUGAUGAAGACAUUAUUCUGUUGAGUGAGACAGAAUCCCCAGAAGCAAUUGAACUUUCUCAAAAUCAAAUAGAAAACAAAGCUUGUGUGGUAACAGAGACUUGCGCAGAGCUACAAUCCAAGAGUGAGAAAAUGAUUAUUUGUGGAGGUAUAAAAAAUGAAAAAUCCACAGAUGUAAUAGAACUGGCAACUGGGUCAGAUGAAGAUGAAGAUGGAAGAAAGACCAAGUCAAAGAUUCCAGAGAGCAUGGACACAAAAUUCAAGAGAGGCAACCAGAAGGACCGAAAUGAUGAUUUGUACGAGAUGGACACACAGGUUGUUGAACACAGGGAAACUGUGCAGAAUGAAGAUACACAGUCGAGUGAGUCCUGGAGUGAUAUGGAGUUCUAUGAGGUAGACACUCAACUCGACUCAUUAUCAGAGCUAAAGAAAACUGUAUCAUUGAAGGAGACCUCUCCCAUUGACACAAAAUCUGAACCCCAGAAAACUGUGGCAUCUACAGGAAAAAGCAUCAAAGACACUUCUGACCAAUCAGACCACUUGUUAUUGACAGCUUCUUCCUCAAGUCACAUGACAUCCUGUUCUAAGACAGCUGCUAAAUCAUCCAUGUUGCCUGAGUCUUCGGAGCAGUCUUCCAGUGACUUUGAGAUAGUGAGUGAUGAUGGAAACAAGAGGAAAACUUGGGUUAAUUCUUAUCACCAUUCAGAGAAAUGUCAAACAAAAACCACAACGAAGGAAUCAGAAUUUCUGAGUAUAAAGGUAAGAUCAGCCAAUGAAGAAAUGCCUGCAGAGAAUAAAAGUAGAUCUUCAUGUCAUUUUACCAACCAUGUUCCAGAGUUUAAGCCUGAAAUGCCUGCAGAGAAUAAAAGUAAAUCUUCAGGUCAUUUUACCAACCUUGUUCCAGAGUUAAAGCCUGAAGUGCCUGCAGAGAAUAAAAGUAAAUCUUCAGGUAAUUUUACCAACCAUGUUCCAGAGUUUAAGCCUGAAAUGCCUGCAGAGAAUAAAAGUAGAUCUUCAGGUCAUUUUACCAACCAUGUUCCAGAGUUUAAGCGCACCAUAUCCACCAACCAGAAAACAGCAAUCCCAAUCUCUCCUCAGCGGCAAAAGUCAACCAAGGAGAAAAGAGAGGAGUUCAAAAUUACAAGCUUUUACUCCAAGAAGCAAAUGGAUUCGGAAACAUCAGGAAGAGUUGGAAGAUCAGAAAAUGCUAAGGCAGAGACUUUCCAGAAGAAAAGAAGCAGUGUUCCAGCAAAGACGACUCCAGACGCAGGAUGUCUCUCGAAGACCAGUGGGAAAAUCAGUGAUCGAAAAAGAAAUCGAACAGCCAGUGGAGGUGGAACUCAUGCCAAGAAACGAAAAGAUGAGGUGAUAUCAACAGUCAGUAUGGAUGCUUUGAUCAAAGCAAAGGCAGAGAUGAUUGCUAGGAGCUGGAUUCGACCACUGGUACCAGAGCCUGUCAAAAAGCCCACAAUUGACACCAAGUCUGACUUUACGGAUGAUGUAAGGAUGCCAGAGCUGGAUGAGGUCAUCAAGAAACAACUGCCAUUGAUGGAUGACAGACUUCUUCACCCCCAAAAAACAAAACAAGAUGAUGUACAAGUAAGCUCUGAUUCAGGAGACACUACAGUAGGAUCUAAAGCCAAAUCUAGUAUAGAUUCUUCAGGUUUAAAGGAAAAUCAAAUGGAAUAUAGUUCAGAAUACAAGAAAAGUAAUUCCAGAUCUGGUUCAAAAGACAGGGAUGGAAAAAAUAUAAAUGGUGCUGAGAUUUGUGUGAAUGAUUCAAAGAAGACAAUACAGAAAGACAGACAUCACUCAAAGCAGCACAAAAGUUCAAGUACAUUUAGCUCUGUCGACAUUGACAAAUCGAGAGGGAAAACUGCUAAAGAGAAAGACAUACAAAGGGAAAAGGAUAAUACAAGAAAAUCUACUUCAUGGGAUAAGGAUAGUACAAAACAAAGACUUUCAAUGGAAAAGGAUAGUUUAAGAAGAUCAACAUCAAAAGAUAAGGAUAGUUCAACAAAAUCUAGUUCAAAGGAAAAGGAUAGUUCAAGAAGAUCAACAUCAAAAGAUAAGGAUUGUUCAACAAAAUCUAGUUCAAAGGAAAAGGAUAGUUCAAGAAGAUCAACAUCAAAAGACAAGGAUAGUUCAACAAAAUCUAGUUCAAAGGAAAAGGAUAGUUCAAGAAGAUCAACAUCAAAAGAUAAGGAUAAUUCAACAAAAUCUAGUUCAAAGGAAAAGGAUAGUUCAAAAAGGUCAUCAUCGAAAGAUAAGGAUAGUGCAACAAAAUCAAGUUCAAAAGAUAGUUCAAGAAGAUCAACAUCAAAAGAUAAAGAUAUAAGUUCAACAACAUCUAGUUCAAAGGGUAGUUCAGGAAGAUCAACUUCAAAAGAUGAGGAUAGUUUAACAAAAGGUAGUUCAAAGGAAAAGGAAAAUUCAGUAAGAUCGACUUCAACCAAUAUGGAAAGUUCAAGGAAAUCUAGUUCAAAGGAUAAGGACAGUUCAAGAAGAUCAACUUCAAUGGAUAAGGAUGUUUCUUCACAAUCUAGUUCAGUAGAUAAGGACAAAUCAAGAUCUUCUUCUAAAGAAAAUGUUUCAAAAAGUAAUUAUUCAAGAGGAUCAACUUCAAAAGAUGAGGAUAGAUCAAAAUAUUCUAAAUCAAAGACUAAGGAUAAUUCAGGAAGAUCUAGUUCAAAAGAGCGAAGUAAUUCAUUAGACAAAGGUGUUUUCAAAAGUUCUAGUGUAUUUUGCUCAAAUCAUAGUGAUAUUCUUAACUCUUCAACUGACAGAAAUAGAAUAGAAAGCGAAGCUUUGGAAAACACAGCUCAUAGUGAAAUUCUACCAUUCGUUUUUAAUUCUAAAACAGCACCAGACAAUUCAGAAUCAUCUUCUGUCAGCUUAAAAGUGGGAGAUUGCUCAGAAACACAUAGAAUAGAGAUCUGCUGUGAGCAGGGUAAUAAAAUUCAAGAGGAAGAAAUGGAAGAUGUGAAACUAGGAAAACUGGCUAAAGCAGCGGCCUUUGAAAAACCUCUACCUUCAUCGCAAGAUCAGCCAGAGGAAGAUGAUGACACUCAUGUGAUUAUUAUAGAUGAUGAAGAGGAAAUAGAUGAAGAGAAGACAUCGUGUAGGAAAGCCCCAGUGUCAGCCAAGAAUACCUCAGAAAUCAAAUCCAUCCUUAACAAAAAAUUAUGUACCUUCUUUGCUGAUAGAAAUGAUGAAAGUACAAGAAAAGGCCAGCUUAUCAAAUUCAAGUUAGCUCCUGAUCGCGUCUCAGUGCGGACACAGAAAUACAUUGAUUCGCUCAUUCAGAAAAAGAAAGGCGGAGUAAAGUCUGUGGAGACCAAUAGACCUCCUACAAUCAGUCGUCCACCACUGCAUCCACUGUCCAACGCAAGGAGAAUGAGUGCUACAGCAACAUCACACAGUCCCAGUAACGUCCCUCAAUUACCCGCAAAGAUGGCAGCACAUUCCAGCAUGGAUUCUUCGUGUGUGUCUGUUCUGAGUGGACCGGCGAGGUCAAGUGCCAGUGGAGGGCCAGGCCCUGAUAGGUCCUCAAGUCAGAAUGUUGAUCACUGUUCCCAGUUCUUCAGCCACCUGUUGAAGUGGAACCCAACCUGGUUUUUAGAAGCAGAUAAAGCUAGAGAUAAAAAGGAACAGAGGAAAGCUUACGAGCCCCCUCCUGUGUCCCCCACUGUGUACCCCAUUCCGGAGAAGUUUAAUAGUUACCAGGACUAUGUCAACAUAUUCAUCCCCCAUCUCUUACAAGAGGCAUGGGAACAGUCCUAUCAAAGCUGGAGUCAGCUGAAGACCCUGAACAGCUACCCUCAGAUCUGUGCAGUGUACUCGGGAGUGGAGAGAAGCUCUACCACCACAUCAAGUCAGACAUUUGAAAAGUACACAUGGUAUAGUAUAACUACCAAAGACUCAUAUGAAGCCAUGAGAAAAAAUGAUCAUCUCGGUGAAAAAUUCCUUGUGAUUAUAAAAGACUAUGGUCAUUACCUAAAGAGUAAAGACAGAGAAAUUGAUCAGAAGUACUACCAGCCAAAUUACUUUGACCAGAUCGGCUACAUAGAGAAAAUCCAGCUUCAUUCCCGCCCUGGGAGCCUGGGACAGACCAUUAACACUUUUAAAGUUUUAGGAACUGACCCUGCAGCCAGACAGAAGGGUGCUGUAGUGCUACGCAUUACAGUCUUAAGCAGACGACGUCCUCUCUUCAAGCACCUGUUGGAUAAGCUGUCUUUUAUACAGCCUGUUGCUUCCUUGGUAACCAUUGUGCGCCAAUUCCAAGCUGUCAGUUUCCUUCCCAGGAGUCCUGUGUGUAAACACAUUCUUCUACCAGGCCGGCAAGAUGUAUUUUACGAAAAAGUUACCAUUUCAGAUUCUGAGAAGCAUUCCUUGAAACAUUACAAUGAAUCUCAGCGACUGGCAAUCUGUACAGCAUCUCAGAUGAUCCUGGGAAAUCCCCAGUCCCCAAAAAUAGGCCUCCUGCAGGGCCCCCCGGGCACGGGCAAGAGUUCCACAGUGGUGGGCAUUGUAGAGAAAGUCCUACAGUUUCUUGGAUCCAAUGUUCGGAUCUGUUUGUGUGCGCCAUCAAACAAUGCUGUAGAUCUUCUAAUAAAACGUUUGGAUGACUACAGAAAGAAGAUGGUUAACACAGAGUUUGCCUCAGCCCUUUCCAUUGUUAGAAUAGGGAAUGCAGAAUGUGUCCACAGGGAUGUGAAAAAGUUCCGUCUGUCAGAUAUCAUCCAGGAGGAGUGCAUUAAGUGGAGAACAGAAAAGAAGAAGGAAAACAUCCCAAGGAGUGUCUUGGAGAACUACCAUGAGCUGAAGCGUAGACGCGAGGAACUCCAAGAACUGAGGCGCCAGCGUCAGGGGCACAGAGAGGAGGUGGUGAGAAUAGAUGCUGAUCUUGAGAAGUUAGAGAAAAGAAUCACAGACAUGGAAAAGAAUCAUUUUAAACAAAUCAAUGAUAUCACCCUUUCUCGGCCGGAGGAAGAGCAGAUAAAGCGAGGGAUCCUGCAGAGAGCCACCAUUGUCUGUGGCACCUUGUCGGCGUUUGGUCAACCCUUUGUCUCCAACCUACUGAGGAACAGCGCAAGGAGAGGCAAACCUAUCUUUGAUUGUAUCAUUGUGGAUGAAGCCUCCCAAGCUAAUGAACUGGACUGUAUCAUACCCCUACAGUACCAGGCAAACAAGUUAAUCUUGGUUGGAGAUCCAGAGCAGCUUCCUCCAACCAUUAAAUCCAGUAAAGCUGCUCAGAAUUAUUUUGGUCAGUCUCUGUUUGAGAGAUUUUACCGCCAUUUCCAGUCUUCUACCACGAACAUGAGUCCCAUUCUUAUGUUGGACACGCAGUAUCGCAUGCACCCUGACAUUGCUUACUGGCCGUCACAGUAUAUAUAUCAGGGGAAACUCAAAACCGACAGGUCUGUGAUAAAUCGCUAUAAACAGAAUGCAAGGCUAAAGCCAUUUGUUUUGUUUGAUGUACAGGACAGCCAUGAACACCUUUCUCAAACUACAGGAUCAGUGAAUAAUCCGACAGAGGUGGAGUUUAUUGUCCAGCUGGUACUGGUCAUUUUGAGGUCAACCCGACCACAACAUGUAGGAAUCAUUGCGCCAUAUAAGAGUCAGAAGCAUCUUCUAUCUACUAGCCUUGCUAAGAACGGUGUCAGGAACAUAGAAAUCAGCACGGUAGACGGAUUCCAGGGCCAAGAGAAGGAGGUCAUCAUCUUCUCCUGUGUGCGGGCACAGAACCAGUCCAGGUCUAUUGGAUUUAUGGCAGACAAAAAGAGAAUGAAUGUUGCUCUCACUCGUGCCAAGUCUGCCUUGUAUAUUGUUGCACACAUGGAUUCACUGAAAGAGGCAAAUGCUGAUUGGAGGAAUAUGAUUGAAGAUGCUGAAAGGAGAAACAUGAUUUAUACGGUGGCCAAUACGAGGGAAUUCCAGUCAGCUGUGACUCAGAUUGUUCUCAAGAAGUGACACACUAAGUAUCAAUUAUAUCAAUGCAUAUUUAUGAUUUAUUAUCAAUAACAGAUGUAUAAACUACAUGUACUGGUAUGUACUUAUUAGAAAAAUGAUUAUUUACACAUGCAACAAAUUUAAACUUCUGAAAAACAAUUUUAAUUUGGAUUAAAGAAGUUUGUGUAUUAUUUAUGAUUUUAUUUAAGAGAGUUAGUGUAUCCUUAAUAUGGACUUUUAGGUGAACUCUCUGUGUUAUCAUUGGUUGUUGUCGUUGGAUAUUGCUUGAUGCGUACUUAUGUUUUGAUACUAGACACGUGUACAUUAACUCAGUAUAAUUUUGAUGCUAUGAAUUAUGAAUGGACUGUGAUUUUUGUGUAAGCUGGUACUUCCAAAAAAAUUAACCAAUAGUUGGCUGAUACGUCACAUGUACUUACAUAUCUCCCUGAAUAAAUCGUGGUACACUGGCUGUACAUGUGGCACAUUCUUUCCUGAAACUAUUCAUGUGGACUUUAAGUGGGUGCAGUGUGCAGGGUUUAAAUCCAUGUUGUGCAUAAUUUUGUAGCAUUGUUUCCUUGCUGACGCAACCUACAUCUACCGUUACUUAAAAAAAAAACCCUGUGAUUAUAUAUGUUCAAUGUGGUUAAUAGAUGGAUCAUGACACAUGUACUUGAAUGUUCAUGCACUCUAGUCUAUGAGAUUCUUUGGUACAUGUAUUUAAUAUUGUAUAUGUUAUAAUUUAUAUAGUGCACAAGUAAAUUGAAGCAUAUUUUUCUCAGAAACAUUGGUUUUUUAAGGUCAGACGACACGUUCCUCAAUUUUAUAUAACUUUUUCCAGGAAUUUGUUGAUGGUUUACUACUAUUUUGACUAGCUUUCUUGCAAAAAAUUAGGGUACCUUACCAGGCAUUUCUGCAAAAUACUAUAGUAUGCAAUUUCCUAUAUAAUUUCUUGAAAAUACACUUGAAUUGCUGAUAUAAAAAUAAAUACAUGUACAGCACAGUAAAAUCACUAUAUUGGAACUCUAUCUCGGCCGGGGCGGGGCUUUGAACUCACCACCUCUAGAACCUAUACACUUCUGGCAGUGGGCGGCCACGGUUUUAACCACUAGGCCAUCUAUAUAGACAGAUAACCACUUUCAAUUAGAAUUUUAAUCAUUUUAAAAAUAAUCAUAAAAUUGAUAUUUUUUAUUGGAACUCUUUAUUACGAGGAGAUACAAAAAAGAUUCCCGAGGAACGUGUCGUCUGACCUGAAGCCUGGAAUUGUGUUCACUGUGGACAAUGAUGGGAUACACACAUAUUUGUAGUUUUGUAUGUUAUCUGAAAAAGUCAUUUAGCUGGAUUUUAUGUACACGUUCAUUUCUUUAAUUAAAUUUAUGUUUUAUAGCCAUUGUUAAUUUAUUUUCCAUAAAUGUUAUGUGUACAUCAACAGUUGUGUUCAUAUUUGUGUUCAAAUGAAAUACCCCAGCCGUUCAUGUUCAACUUUUUUAUUUUCAGAACAUGUAAAAGUAUGUGAUAAUCUAUAUGACAAUUGUAUAGAAAAUUGGUUGAGUUGCAGACCUUUUGCAGAAGAAUACUGCCACGGAAAUGUUGUUUUGUGUUAGAUAAGGGCAUUCAGAUUGAUUUCUUUUAAUAUGUAAAACUAAGAAACUUCAGAUCACCUCUUUUUUUUUUUUUUUUAUAUCAGCUGUUUAUACCACAUUGAUUCAUUCAUAGUAAGAAAUAUCAGUAAAUAUCCAGCAGGACAUUGUAGGUUGUGUAGUACAGUGAUAAGUCACACACAGUAUCUAUAGCAUAUUGAAAGAUGGAUUGUAUUUACAUAUUGUGAGUGUAAUUUUUAUUUUAUGCAAGCAAUCGAAAGAUAGAAUUCUCAUAUUAUUGAAGAAACAAAAUAUAUUGCAGAUCAUGAUGUUACCAUGAAAUAAUAAAAUAUGUGUUGUUGA